GACUUACGCAUUUUUUUUUCCUAAGGAGAAGAAAUCUGUUUGCCGUGAGUACAUCUUUCUCGAAGGAACUUCUUCUGAACUUUUCACGAAUAUCUUGGCGAUGAGCUUCCUGGUGGUUCAGCUGUUGGCAGGCCUCAAGAAACAUCACUUGACAUUUCCAAGUUGUUUAUGUAAUAGUUUGUAACUUGGGAAGUGUAUACCAACUUCUGAAAUUUCUGGUGGAGGAAGAUAGACACAGCCCUCGCACGUAUAGGGUAUUGUCAGCUCCUUCCCCGGUCAAAAUGAACGCUCGCGUAUUCUCCGGAUAGGAGAGUUUCCGUGUUGUUUCUGGCCUGUGUGGAUAAUGUUUUUAAGCAGCACGCCACUUGAGCUUGAAUAGCUCAUUCCUUUGUUAGUGAGUCAUCUUGGUCAGAUGCAGCUAUGCUCCUUAAAUAUUCCAAAGAUUUAGCGAUCUAAUGAGAAAGCGAGCUCAUGGUCUGUGAGGAGAAGACAAGAAUGUGUUAAUUGGAAUGACUUGUACUCUGUUCCCAGUCGAGGCACAGAGCAAAUGCAUGAAUGUCGUGCAUGCGGCGGCACAUGCUGUUCCGACCGGCUCUGGCACACGUGAACGCUGAAUUCCAUUGUCAUCGAGCUUUUUGCAAAUCAGCUGCUUCUCAAGCGUGAAAGAAUGGGGUCUGUUACUGGAGACUCGGGCUCUGGCUUUUGAACUACGCGGACACUUUCCUCUUCUAGCGCUGUCUUCCUAGACUCAUUUGGAGGGGGGGUGGGUACUGUGUACUAUUAUUAUUUUUUGUCCCUUUCACCAGGUAGGUUACAUGGUGGGUAUGGGUGGCGUAAAGGUCAAGACAGCCCCAAACGCAGCUUCCCCUGCAAGUCACGAGUGCUGAGAGACGGGUCCCGUCCUGACGAUGCCCUUGCUGUCUGUGCUCAGACAUCCCUUCUCCCUGAGAGCAGGCUGGUCCCUGCUCAGAGAUGCUCUGUCUUCAAGCACCGUGAGACUGGGUCGCUUCAGGCAACUCCACUGCGUCACCCCCUCCGCUUGGACGAAAACCUCAAGAAAUGCUCAGGCCGAGGAAGACAAAGACACCAACUGGGAUGCUUGGGGCAGCUGGAGUGACUGCUCCCGGACUUGUGGGGGAGGGGCAUCAUACUCUCUGCGGAGGUGUCUGACGGGGAGGAAUUGCGAAGGGCAGAAUAUUCGAUACAAGACGUGCAGCAACCAUGACUGCCCUCCUGAUGCAGAAGACUUCAGAGCCCAGCAGUGCUCCGCCUACAAUGACGUCCAGUAUCAGGGGCGUUAUUAUGAAUGGCUUCCACGAUACAACGAUCCUGCUGCCCCCUGCGCGCUCAAGUGUCACGCACGGGGACAGAACUUGGUAGUGGAGCUGGCACCCAAGGUACUGGAUGGAACUCGCUGCAACACGGACUCUCUGGACAUGUGUAUCAGCGGUAUUUGCCAGGCGGUGGGCUGCGACCGGCACCUGGGGAGCGGCGCCCGCGAGGACAGCUGCGGCGUGUGCGCCGGCAAUGGCUCCACCUGCAGGCUCGUGCGGGGACAGUCCAAGGCGCACGUUUCUCCGGAGAAAAGGGAAGAAAAUGUGAUUGCUGUUCCUUUAGGCAGUCGAAGUGUAAGAAUUACACUGAAAGGACCGGCCCAUCUUUUUAUCGAAUCAAAAACACUUCAAGGAAGCAAAAGAGAACACAGCUUUAACAGCCCUGGAGUUUUUGUUGUAGAGAACACCACAGUUGAAUUUCAGAGGGGCUCGGAGAGGCAGACCUUUAAGAUCCCAGGACCUUUGAUGGCUGAUUUCAUUUUCAAGACCAGGUACACGGUGGCCAAGGACAGUGUGGCCCAAUUCUUCUUCUAUCAGCCGAUCAGUCAUCAGUGGAGACAAACCGACUUCUUCCCCUGCACUGUGACAUGUGGAGGAGGCUAUCAGCUCAACUCGGCCGAAUGUGUGGAUAUCCGCUUGAAGAGGGUAGUUCCUGACCAUUACUGCCAUUACUACCCCGAAAAUGUGAAACCCAAGCCCAAACUAAAGGAGUGCGGCAUGGAUCCUUGCCCUUCGAGCGACGGAUUUAAAGAGAUCAUGCCCUACGACCACUUCCAACCUCUCCCUCGCUGGGAACAUAACCCUUGGACUGCGUGCUCGGUGUCCUGCGGGGGCGGGAUUCAGAGGCGGAGCUUCGUGUGUGUGGAGGAGUCCAUGCACGGAGAGAUACUACAGGUAGAGGAGUGGAAGUGCAUGUACGCGCCCAAACCCAAGGUCAUGCAGACCUGCAACCUGUUCGACUGCCCCAAGUGGAUUGCCAUGGAGUGGUCUCAGUGCACGGUGACUUGUGGCCGAGGGUUACGUUACCGCGUCGUUCUGUGUAUCAACCACCGCGGGCAGCACGUUGGUGGCUGCAACCCACAGCUGAAGUUACACAUCAAAGAAGAAUGUAUCAUCCCCAUCCCGUGCUACAAACCGAAAGAAAAAAGCCCAGUGGAAGCUAAAUUACCGUGGCUGAAACAAGCCCAGGAGCUAGAAGAGCCCAGAAGAGCAACCAAAGAACCAUCGUUCAUCCCGGAGCCCUGGUCAGCCUGCAGCACCACGUGCGGGCCGGGCGUCCAGGUCCGGGAGGUGAAGUGCCGUGUGCUCCUGACGUUCACGCAGACGGAGACCGAGCUGCCUGAGGAAGAGUGUGAGGGCCCCCAGCUGCCCACCGAGCGGCCCUGCCUCCUCCACCCCUGCGACGAGAGCCCUGCCUCCCGCCAGCCCGACGCCUCUCCCCAGGAGGACAGCACGAUGACCUACCACUGGGAGUACGCUGGCUUCACUCCUUGCACGGCCACAUGCUUGGGAGGCCAUCAAGAAGCGAUAGCCGUGUGCUUACACACCCAGACCCAGCAGACAGUCAGUGACACCUUGUGUGAUAUGGUCCACCGCCCUCCUCCGAUGAGCCAGGCUUGCAACCCGGAACCCUGCCCACCCAGGUGGCACACCGGCUCUUGGGGGCCCUGCUCGGCUACCUGUGGCGUCGGAAUCCAGACCCGGGAGGUGCACUGCCUCUACCCGGGGGAGUCCCCGGCCCCCCCCGAGGAAUGCAGGGACGAGAAGCCCCACGCUUUACAAGCCUGCAGUCAGUUUGAUUGCCCUCCUAGCUGGCACAUCGAGGAAUGGCAGCAGUGUUCCAGGACCUGUGGCGGGGGGACUCAGAACCGAAGAGUCACGUGCCGGCAGCUGUUAACGGACGGCGGCUUCUUGAAUCUCUCCGAUGAGUUGUGCCAAGGACCCAAGGCGUCUUCUCACAAGUCCUGCGCCCGAACAGACUGUCCUCCACAUUUAAUGGUGGGAGACUGGUCGAAGUGUUCCGUCAGCUGUGGCGUUGGAACCCAGCGAAGAAAGCAGGUGUGUCAGAGGCUGACCGCCAAGGGCCGGCGCGUCCCCCUCAGCGAGGUGAUGUGCAGAGAUCUCCCAGGGCCCCCUCUCGUAAGAUCUUGCCAGAUGCCCGCCUGCAGUAAAAUGAAACCAGAGGUGGAGACAAAACCUGGUGAGCAGGGGCCCCAGAUCCUCGGUGUCCAGAGAGUCUAUAUUCAGACAAGGGAGGAGAAGCGCAUUAACCUGACCGUUGGGAGCAGGGCCUACUUGCUGCCCAACACGUCUGUGAUUAUUAAAUGCCCAGUACGACGAUUCCAGAAAUCUCUGAUCCAGUGGGAGAAGGAUGGCCGUUGUCUGCAGAACUCCAAGAGGCUCGGCAUCACCAAGUCAGGCUCACUAAAAAUCCACAGCCUCGCGGCCCCCGACAUCGGCAUGUACCAGUGCAUCGCAGGUCCUGUCCGAGAAACCGUUGUUCUGAAGGUCAUCGGUGCCGACAACAGGCUGGUGGCGCCCCCGGCCCUCGGAGGGCAUGUGAGGGACCAGCCUGGGACGGACCACAAUGACGCCAAUAGCUUGGGCGCCACCUGGCAGAAAAUGAGGCAGUUGUGGGGUCACACAAAUGAGCCUUAUCCGGACAACGGCCAAGCUGACAACCAGCCUUUCCUGAGAGCGCUGUUGGGCCACUGUGGCACUUCUGCGGGGAACCGCCACUCCUGGGAGUUUAAGGAUAAGCAGCUUGAAGCGGCCGUUAAGCAGGGAGCAUACAGCAUGGAGACCGCCCAGUUUGACGAACUGAUAAGGAACAUGAGUCAGCUCAUGGAAACUGAGGAGGUCAGCGGUGACCUUGCGUCCCAGGUGAUCUAUCAGCUGGUGGCCGAGCUCGCUAAGGCACAGCCAGGGCAUCCGCCAUGGAGGGGCGUCCAGGAAGGGGUGUCUCCUGCAGCUCAGCUAAGGGGAACAACAGGAAGUGUGCCCCAAGGCUCGAAUGCAGGAAACUCAGGCAAGCUGACAUUCCAGCCAAAGGGACCUGUCCUCCUGAGGCAAAGGCAGCCCACCUCGGUUUCAUUUAAUAAAACGGUAAACUUGAGGAUUGGAAAUACAGUAUACAUUACAAAAAGGACGGAGGUCAUCAACAUCCUGUGUGAGCCCGUCACCCCCACUCAGGCCACAUAUACAUGGACCAAGGAUGGGACGUUGUUAAAACCCUCAGAAAAGAUCAUCUUGGAUGGAAUGGGGAAAAUGCAGAUACGGAACCCGACAAAGAAAGACCAAGGGAUGUAUGGAUGCUCCGUGGCUAAUCGUCUGGGUUCCGACGUGGAGAGGUCUUCUGUGUUAUAUGCAGAGGCGCCCGCCAUCGUGGCUAUUGUGAGAAAUACCAGCAGACGGGAGCACAGCCAUCUGUCCGUUGUGGUUGGAGGCACCGUAGAGGCACCCCUGCGAGCAAACGUGACCAUCCGCUGUCCUGUGAGAGGUGUCCCUCAGCCUAAUAUAACUUGGUUGAAGAGAGGAGGACCUCUGAGUGACAAUAUUUCCUUGCUUUUCAAUGGAUCCCUGUUGUUGCAGAAUGUUUCCCUUGAAAAUGAAGGAACCUAUGUCUGCACAGCCACCAAUGCUCUAGGAAAAGCUACGGCAGCAUCUACACUCCACCUGCUGGAACAAAGACAGUUGGACAGUAAACGUGGAUUUCCCAAGGACCAGAAAAAGCAUAGGCUCCAGGCAUCUGACACAGAAACCAGCAGCAGUGACCCAACAGGAGAAGCCCUACCUUCAGAGCCUUUUUGGGAGCUCGGUAACUGGACGCGUUGUUCCGCCAGCUGCGGGCACUUGGGAGCCCGAGUUCGGAGACCCCGGUGUGUGACGGCCAACGGGCAGGAAGUGAGUGAGGCCCUUUGCCAUCACCUCCAGAAGCCGCUGGCUGGGUUUCAGCCCUGUAACAUCCGGGACUGCCCCUCGAGGUGGCUCACAGGUGCCUGGUCGGAGUGCUCUGUGUCUUGUGGGGAAGGAUUCCGCAGUCGCCAAGUGACGUGCGUGCGCACCAGAGCCAACGGAGCCACGCAGGUGACGUCUCCGAGGGCCUGCGCUCCCAAAGACAGGCCUCUGGGAGGAAGGCCGUGCUCCAGUCACCCGUGCGGCCAGUGGGUCGUUGGACCGGGGGGCCAGUGCCCUGCGCGUUGCCUGGGUCGCACAGCGAGGAUGCCACAGCAUCGCGCAGCUUGUCAAGGCCACAACAGCUCUGACUCGGGCUGUGACGACAGAAGCAGACUCACCUUGAAGGGGAACUGCUCGUCCGGGGCGUGUGACGCGUGCUGGCGCCCCGGCCCCUGGAGGCCCUGCACGGCGGCCUGCGGCAGGGGUUUCCAGUCCCGGAGGGUCGACUGCGUCCACACCAGGAGCUGCUGGCCCGUGGCUGAGAGACACUGCGUGCAGAAAAAGAAACCGGCUUCCUGGCGGCACUGUGUGGGGCCUUCCUGCCAUAGAGCUUGCAUGGACACCACCCACUACUGUAUGUUUGUAAAGCAUCUCAACUUGUGUUCGCUCGACGUCUACAAACAAAGGUGCUGCUGGACGUGUCUGGAAGGGUAAACCUGUGGAAGGGUCGUAGCGCUGCUGUGAAGAAGAGACCAGAAGUGUAGAAGCUCUUUCCCCCACGUAGCCGGUUCAAAAACAUGUUAUUUCUUUAAAAAAAAAACACAAAAAACACUGUAGAUUCUGCAUGCAAACAGGUCGAUGCAAACUCACCGCUGGUGGCGUUUUGUGCUGUUGUUUUCCCCGCAGCCGGUCUUUAAUUCCAGCUCUUUGAAGCGAUGCAUCCGGGACCAACGAGCGUACCGUGGCAGGCGUGCCAUGGCGCGUGGGACCUCCCCGUGUCCUCCUCAUCAGGAAAUCGCCCAGGUCCCCAGGGCGUGGUCGCAUGCUUCCUCCCGUGAUGUGCAGGCUAAUAGCAUACGGCGUCCCGAAGUCUUGAGGGACACACGGCAACCGAUGACUUCCUCUUCUCCCAAGCUUUAGGGUUUCAACAGGUUUAUAAAGCGUUUACACUCUGGAAGCCCUGGCCGGUCGCCAUUGAGAUGGCGUGAUUGGUGCUAGUGGCAUUUUGGUGGGUCCCGAAGCCCAGGCUGUGAACCGACUGAUCCGAGGAUCCUGGGGGCGGGGAGCUGCAUCUUGCCCUUACGCUUAGAGAACCGGUGAAGAAACCACAGGGGAAACCUUGCUGCCAGCUUCACGACCAUGGAGCUCUAUCUGUGACCAAAUGAGGCAUCUCGGAAAUCAAAGGAGAGGGGGAAUUCACCUUUUCUACUGAUUUUGAAGUGCAGUCAAAGCUUUCUUUUAAGAGCUGUGAAUGAGACUUCUUCUGAGCACUAUUCUCUUGCACACAAACAGAAAAUCAAAGCCUUAUUAGACCUAAUUUAUGCACACGAUAGUAUUCCUGAGGGUUCUUAUUUCGGGAAGAUUGUAAGAAAGUAAUCUAAAUAUGAAACACGGUGGUUGGAAAGACUUGUUUAUAGUAAAGCAUUGUUUUCCUUCAGACUGAUUUGUCGGUAAAUCCAAAGUGAAUUUGGGUGAGGCUAGAAGUUACAGUUGGGGCUAGAGGUCAGAGUUAGGAUUUGGUGAGUAAGUGUAGGGUUCGUGUUAGUUUUAGGAUCGGGUUAGCUGAGAAUGGAAAUUAUGGUAGGGUGAAGGCUGGAGUUGGCUUUGGGGGUUGAGGUUAGAGUCGGGACCAGGACGGGUUGUGUUGGGUUGCGUUCGAACUGGGGCCAGUGCUGGUGUUGGUGACAGUGUCAGGCUGGAGGGUAAACCUGGAGUAAGUGUUUCUGCGGAAGUAGUCUGGGGCUAGCAUGAAGUUCAAAAGCCGAUUUGGUUAUGGCGCCCCUUCCCUUAUAUCCUGCCGAUUACUGCUUUAGAUGGCACACAAGCCCAAGUCAGUGGCCGUCUGUGCUUACGUGGCGACCCAGCCACCCUCACCCGUGUGCUGCCCCCAGCGUGCCGGCCACAACAUCCCCCGAAGCAGGUGGCUCUGGACCUGAUCACAAAGACGUGAGCAGCGUGUUUGGUGUUUGGACGUGUCUGUGGACGAGCUCGCUGAGUCUCUCGACCACAUUCUGAGUACCAGCCCUCAUGUUCUGACUUUAGCCUCACGGACACUGGUGAUAGACACUACUGUACGUGGAGGGUUUGGUGGCCGGGAUGGAUGGGGAUGGGGAAGGGCACACACACCAGCCCGCGGGUUGUUAAUCAUCAAUCACCCUUGAUUGUUGAAGGAUUUUAAAUUAAAAGAAAGAUCAUUUGUAAAAUACUCUUUGUAUAUAUUUAUUAUAUGACUUAAAGGUGCAAUAUUUUAUUUUGUACAGUAUGUAAUAAAGACAUGGGACGUAUAUUUUUCUUAUUAACAAAAUUUCUUAUUAAAUUGCUUCACCUUUGUAUUUAAAGUCACUAAUUUUCUUGUACUUUUGUUACCAUUCAAACGAUGUUCCUGUGUACUGUAUUUUACUACUGUUUCUAUAACAUAAGAGUUAGUUUCUUUCAUGACCCUUAAGUGAUUCAGAAAUAAAUUUGAUUAUUCAGUGGCAUCCUUA